AUUUAUUGUGUGGCGGCUGCAUGCUGUACUCGCGGCGGCCCGGCCCUCGCCCGGGAGUGCGUGUGUGCGCGCGUGUGCGCGAGUGUGUGUGCGCGAGUGAGUGUGUGCGCGGGGUGCGCGCGCGGGCGGGAGUGGGCGCGCGCGGGGAAAGGCCCGAAAACACCUUAGUUUGCACCGAGAGACCAUUUGCAGCGGAACCCGAAAGUUUGCGAGAAGAAAAGAGCGCGCGGCAAGAGAGCGGGCAAGGGGCAGCGGCAGCGGCGCCGGGGACCAUGGUGCUGCCGGCGCCUCCUCCGCGGGCGUGAAGGCGGCGCUCCCACUCCACCCUACACUCCGCGGUGUCCCAGGAGCUUCUGCUGACAAUUCCAGUUUCCAAACAAAACGUUUUGGCAAUGCUGAGGGCUUCAGCCCCUUCUCUGAUUUGCUGUCAACCAUGAACGGAUGGAUGUGAUGCCUGCUAGUCCAAAGGUAUCCCCCUGUGUGUUGCAGUCCCGUGGCAUUAUGCAUGCCCCCACCCAGUGACCCCCGGCUUUUUAUGGCUGUGAGACGCAUUAACAUUUCAGGGGUAAGACGUGACCUUUUGAGGUGACUAUAACUGAAGAUUGCUUUACAGAAGCCAAAAAAGGUUUUUGAGUCAUGAUGCAAGAAUCUGGGACUGAGACAAAAAGUAACGGUUCAGCCAUCCAGAAUGGGUCGAGCAGCAGCAGCCACUUGUUAGAGUGUAGCAGCCUUCGGGAGGGGCGGUCCAACGGAGAGACGCCGGCCGUGGACAUCGGGGCAGCCGACCUCGCCCACGUCCAGCAGCAGCAGCAGCAGGCUCUUCAGGUGGCAAGACAGCUUCUUCUUCAGCAGCAGCAGCAGCAGCAAGUUAGUGGGUUGAAGUCUCCCAAGAGGAAUGACAAACAACCAGCUCUUCAGGUUCCCGUGUCAGUGGCUAUGAUGACACCUCAAGUUAUCACUCCCCAGCAAAUGCAGCAGAUCCUCCAGCAACAAGUGCUGAGCCCUCAGCAGCUCCAGGUUCUCCUUCAGCAGCAGCAAGCCCUCAUGCUUCAACAGCAGCAGCUUCAAGAGUUUUAUAAAAAACAACAGGAACAGUUGCAGCUUCAACUUUUACAACAACAACAUGCUGGAAAACAGCCUAAAGAGCAACAGCAGGUGGCUACCCAGCAGUUGGCGUUUCAGCAGCAGCUUUUACAGAUGCAGCAGUUACAGCAGCAGCACCUCCUGUCUCUGCAGCGCCAAGGCCUUCUGACAAUUCAGCCCGGGCAGCCUGCCCUUCCCCUUCAACCUCUUGCUCAAGGCAUGAUUCCAACAGAAUUGCAGCAGCUCUGGAAAGAAGUGACAAGUGCUCACACUGCAGAGGAAACCACAGGCAACAAUCACAGCAGUCUGGACCUGACCACGACAUGCGUCUCUUCCUCUGCACCUUCCAAGACCUCCUUAAUAAUGAACCCACAUGCCUCUACCAAUGGACAGCUCUCAGUCCACACUCCCAAAAGGGAAAGUUUGCCCCACGAGGAGCACCCCCACAGCCAUCCUCUCUAUGGACAUGGUGUCUGCAAGUGGCCAGGCUGUGAAGCAGUGUGCGAAGAUUUCCAAUCAUUUCUAAAACAUCUCAACAGUGAGCAUGCGCUGGACGAUAGAAGUACAGCUCAAUGUAGAGUACAAAUGCAGGUUGUACAGCAGUUAGAGCUACAGCUUGCAAAAGACAAAGAACGCCUGCAAGCCAUGAUGACCCAUCUGCAUGUGAAGUCUACAGAACCCAAAGCCGCCCCUCAGCCCCUGAAUCUGGUCUCAAGCGUCACACUCUCCAAGUCCGCAUCAGAGGCUUCUCCACAGAGCUUACCUCAUACUCCAACGACCCCCACGGCCCCCCUGACUCCUGUCACCCAAGGCCCCUCAGUCAUCACCACCACCAGCAUGCACACGGUGGGACCCAUCCGCAGGCGGUACUCAGACAAAUACAACGUGCCCAUUUCUUCAGCAGAUAUUGCGCAGAACCAAGAAUUUUAUAAGAAUGCAGAAGUUAGACCACCAUUUACAUAUGCAUCUUUAAUUAGGCAGGCCAUUCUUGAAUCUCCAGAAAAGCAGCUAACACUAAAUGAAAUCUAUAACUGGUUCACACGAAUGUUUGCUUACUUCCGACGCAACGCAGCCACGUGGAAGGGUGCCAUUCGCACCAACCUCUCACUGCAUAAGUGCUUUAUCAGAGUAGAGGAUGAGUUUGGGUCCUUUUGGACAGUUGAUGAUGAAGAGUUUAAACGUGGCCGCCAUAUUCAACGAGGCCGUCCUCGCAAAUACUGCCCCGAUGAAAACUUUGACGAGCUUGUCGCACAUAACCCUUCCCUUAUUAAAAACAUGCAGAGCGGCCACGCCUACUGCACACCUCUCAAUGCGGCUCUACAGGCUUCAAUGGCUGAGAAUAGUAUACCUCUAUACACUACCGCUUCCAUGGGAAACCCCACUCUGGGCAACUUAGCCAGCGCAAUACGGGAAGAGCUGAAUGGGGCGAUGGAGCAUACCAACAGCAACGAGAGUGACAGCAGUCCAGGCAGAUCCCCUAUGCAAGCUGUGCAUCCUGUACACGUCAAAGAAGAGCCCCUCGAUCCAGAGGAAGCUGAAGGGCCUCUGUCUUUAGUGACAACAGCCAACCACAGUCCAGAUUUUGACCAUGACAGAGAUUAUGAAGACGAACCAGUAAAUGAGGACAUGGAGUGAAGGUCUGGGCGGGCCAACCCUGAAAAUGAAGAUUGGAAAAAGGAAGAGAAAAAAAAAAAGUCAAAAGUUAGCAGUGAAAUUGUUCUCCAUUUGUUGUACAGUCUGGAGGAUUUUCACUACAUUUUGACAACUCUGAAAUGUGUUAACUCUUAGUGCCAUCAAGAAUCCCAUUUGGGAGUAUUUUUGAUUUUUCUACUUUUUGUUGAAAAAAGGAAUUUGUACUCUGUGCAUUGGAUGGACUUGUUUGGUACUUGGGAUUUUCCUCUCUUAACAGUCAACAUCAGUGUUGUAAAUUUGCUAAACUGAUUCACUUUUAGCAGCAGACUUUGAACUGCAGCCCUACCAGCGCUGGACACUGAAGUCGCCCGACAGAGCUUGUGCACCUGAGCUGCAGACCAAGCCUUUGCCCAGAACUUAAGGAUUCCAAUGGACGACCUAUUUGCACAGUACUGCAUGUUGAUUAUCACUGCCUUUACUCCUUUUUUUUUUUUUUGCUUCCAGUUGGGAUGGGGAAGGCCUUUGUGUGUGUGUGUUGGGGGGGAGGGGUUAAAAAUAAUUAUCCCAAACUUUUUAAUGUAUUGCUUUUUUUUUUUCUUCUACUAUACCAUUUUAAGUUCUGACCUCAGGCCUCCAUUUGGGCCCAUGGCCUCUUGGAGGCUUAAAGUUUUCUGUACCUUGUGAUGAAUGUUAAUAGGUGUUUUUAUUAUACAAAGCUGAAUGUCAUUUCUCGUUUGUAGCUUUCUGUCACUCAUUCCAUCUUCCUUCAGACAUCACCACGUUUCUCUAAAAAGUCAGAAAACAUUCCAUUUGGUCUAUUUUCAAAAGAGUCCCAAACGCUGCGCUCUACACAUGAAGGUCCUCACACAGAUGUGACGUCCUGCCAGAAAGAGAAUGAAUGACAGAAAAAAAAGAGAGAGAGACACACACUCUAGGAACAAUGCCGAUUCAUUGCAUGAAGCAGUACUGGGGGUGGUCAGGGGGCUGUUUCAGAUCUUCCUCUUUCUUUCACAGCAACCAUCAUUCUUAAAAAUGCCACAGCAUUCUACCAGCACAAGGAAACAUAGGCGGCACUGAAAAAGUCUCCUAUGAGACUGACAGAUACGGUUGUGGAAGGCUCUCCUUGUGUAACCAAGUUGCCACAGGCUCCGAGUCUCAGUUAUAACUAGUGUGGGUUGCUUUCUUUACAAAGUGGCCCCCAAACCCGGCUUCCCUGUGCAACUUUGCUGAAAGUGGUGACGGCGGCGGCACAGAGAUUAUACAUCAGUUCAGACCUGCUUGGUGGCGUUACUCAGUUGAAUGUGAAUUGGAUUUCAGAUUGAACUUAUUAUGGGAGUUAAUGAGGACUGAGUUCAGCAAAUGCUCCAGUGCUAAUUUCAAAUGCACAAAUCCGGUACUGCAGUUCAGUUUGUUAAUGCAGUAGUGUCACACCAGCCCAGUAUCAGAAAUUAACAGGAGAAGACAGACAUCAGGGGGCGCUGGGCUCAUCCCAGCCUCGGGCUUUUGGGAACUGAGCAUGGCAUGCAGAAGGUGAUGGUUCUAGGUCAGCACAACCUCAGUGCUCAGAACCCCUCGACACUUCCACCCUGCACCCACUUCCCCGUCAUUUAUUUAUCUAGGACCGUAGCUUUAGUUUUAGUUGGAGAGCCUUUCAAAGCUUAACUUAUAUUCUUUGUACCUUUUUUUUUUCCUAAAAUUACCAAAGAUAUUACACAAAGGUAAAUUAUGUUCUCUGUUUUAUGCUUUAUCUGAUAAAGCCAAAUAUCCUCUUAUUGUUGAUCAAAGGAGGCAAAAGAAUUUAGAGGCAAAUGACAAGAUUAUAGGCUAUUGCUUACCUGAGAAAGAGAACUGCUCCUUCACUCUAGAGUAAAUUUAGAAGACCACGUAGAUAAUGAAACCAAAGUUGUUACUUUUUUCUAAUAGUUUUUUUUUUUUUUCUUUUCUUCCCUAUACCUCUUUAGAGACCAAAACCCAUUCUUAGAAAUUAUGGGGCUUCUCAAAUAAAAAUAGGACACAGUAUUAAAGGACCAACAGAAACAGGGAGUCCCAUCUCAAAAAUAAAAAUAAAUGAAUGUAUGCCACUGAAAAUUAGGGUAGGCAAUAAAGGAGACAGUUAAAGAGUCAGAACAGAAAAGCUUCCACAAUUGAACAAGACCACAUGAUAGUGUUUCUAGAAUUUAAACAAAAAAAUUUUUUUAGAAAGAUUGUAUGCCACUUUUGUUUAAGGACCGAGCUGUGAUUGCUGCAUACGUUCUGGUUUAUGUUGGCAUGCAUCUUCCAGUUGAUUUUUGCUUUUGUUUAGUUUUUGUUUAGGCCUUUUAAGUCAGCAUUUUUCAUUUAAAAAAAAAAAGUAACACUCCCGUCCACUCAUAAGCUUGGUACAAAAACUUCUUUGGCAUUUACUUUUGACGCUUCACUCUGCUUUCUGUAUAAAGGGCAGUCUGUGGUCACUCAAGCCUUUUUUUUUUUACUUUUCCAGGCAGCUUCAUGAUGUACAGGCAGUAGCCAGACAGGUCAGGGGAAGGGGCCCUGUGCUUCUAAACUGAGUGGUUGCUGGUUAGUUUGGUAUUCAAAAGAGGAUAAAAAUCUGGUAGAUUAGUUCAUUCUCAGCAUGUGUAGCUAGACAUGAGUAAAGAUAACAGCAUGAGAAACUGUUAGUACGCAUACCUCAGUUCAAACCUUUAGGGAAUGAUUAAAAUAAAAAAAAACAUUUCACUCAGUUGCACUUAGUCGUAUGUCUUGCAUGCUUAGUCUAAAGACUGUAGCAAAAAAAAAAAAAAAAUUAGAUUUUACAUAUCUUUGCAGGUAUCACAGCCUUGCAGAAGAACCAACUGAAAAAAAAAAAAUUCUCAGGCUUUACAGCAAGCAAACUUCACUAUGAUUUUUACACUUCUGAUUCUGUAUCCCUCGGGGGUAUUCCAGUCACUUCUUUAGGAUGGGGUUUAUUAUGUUGUACAUAUAUCCCAAUGUGUCUGUGUGAAUCUUUGUCUUUUUGGGGGGAGGGCGGAGGGUGGUUCUUUUUUUAGAUACUGUUCCUAAAAAGGAAUAAAUGCAUACACCUGUUUGUCAAAACACCUUUGCUUUUUGUGCAACUGCUUUAUAUUAACUAUACUAAAAAAAAAAAGAAUAGCUUUUGGGGGAAAAAAAACUACUGUAUGUAAUGGAAUUGCAGACUAUGCUGCCCAUGUAUUUUAUUUAGUUAUCCUUGCUUUAAGAAUAUUGGAUGACGUUUCCUGACAUGUGGGAGGGAGAAACUCCCUAACUUUUUUGUUUCUUUUUUUUAUUUUUGCUUUUAAAUUGUAACAUAGUUGACAAGAAUUUUUUUUCUGUUCUCAUUGAUUGGAGCAUUUUGUACAGGUUUUUUUGGUGUGUGUGCGCGUGUGCGUGCGUGUGUUAAUCUGUUUUUUGAUACAUUCCUACCCCUUGUGUUUAUCCUACCACUGCCUUCCUGGCUAUCUUAAACAAGUUCAUACAUUUGAAAAGAAAAAAAAUGUUGUUUAAAAAAAUGUUUUCUCCUGCUGCAGUAAAUAUUUUGCAUGAUGAAAUUCCAGGGUCACACUUUUCAAAGUUUUAUCAUUGAAGUAGUGAUUAAUAAUGGGGAGUGUCAAAACUAUUGAACUUUUGUAUAAAAAAGAAAACACUUUUACAAGGUGCCAAGAUGUAAAGACAAUUUGUUACUUCACCCCUACCCCCAAAGAAAAGCAUACAUCAGGGAGGUAGUCCUGUGUAGUCAACAAAGGCACUGUCAGGAGCAAGGGUCCACCUCCUUGUCCCUGGAGUCUGUCCGUGUAAGAUGAAUUAGGCUGCCACAUUGGACCAGCCCCAAAACGGAAUAUCAAGGCUUAUGUACCUACGUGAAGAGUGACCUCCAGCCUGCGACCUUCAGACGGCUCUAACACCAUUCCCAGCAUUCUGUCAAACCCAGUAGAGAAAACCUUGGAUUCUUAACCCAAGAUAUGUUAAUUACUAGCCUCUUUAUCAGGAAAAAACAGUUAAAUAUUUCCUCUCCUUUUCACAUUCCAGCUGAGUUCUGUUUCCAAGGGCACAGAGAAGAAUGUGCUAAAUAAGGAUUUCGAAGUUUUUUGGUACCUUUUGGUUAAUGGCAUACCCUCCUGGUAUUUCAGAUGUUUUUAAAGUCAGUUUUGCUUUUUUAUCCUGAGAAUCAGAUUGACAAUUCUAAAGGCAUCUGUUGGGCCCAGUGUAGCUCGUGCGAUCUCUGCUACCCAUAAGCCUUGCUGAAGAUGGUACAGUCUGGACUGUGAGCAUGGUGCUUCGUGUAUAUGUGCUGCCAGUAACAAGAAUUCUUUUUGUUUUGUUUUGUUUUGAUAAGGCAUAAAAGAAACUCAUUCCUUGACAUCAACUGUAAUUCCAUCAUUCCAUGUCUGUGGAUACAGACAAUAAAAAAAAUGUUGUGUAGUCAGUACUAAUUACUGACAUUAUAGCAUUCUCAAAUGCAAUAAAAAUGCUGGUUGUUCACACUGGUA